CCGCGCGGGACCAGCAGCGGCGCGCGGCGAGGGCCGGACGCCCGGUUCUGCGCGGCAGGAAGUGCGGAUCGAGCAGCAACUGCCCGAGCGCCCACCGGUGCCCGCUUUCUACCUGCUGGGCCGCCGCGCCCCCGGCCCGCGGGCCUUCGCGUCCUCCAGGCUCCCGGGACUGCGGGUCGCAGCCAGCGGGCGGCGGGCCCCGCUCCGCCAAGGGGCAGCCGGACCACCCCACGGGUUCCCGCACCUCCGCUGAUCCCUGCGUCCCAGCUCUGGCGUGAACGUCCCUCCGGGCGUCGUCCUGGGGUUGUCCCCAAGGCUGGCAGGAUGGUGUCCUGGAUGAUCUGUCGCCUGGUGGUGCUGGUGUUUGGGAUGCUGUAUCCAGCUUACGCCUCCUAUAAAGCUGUGAAGACCAAGAACAUUCGUGAAUAUGUCCGGUGGAUGAUGUACUGGAUCGUCUUUGCGCUCUUCAUGGCAGCAGAGAUCGUCACGGACAUCUUCAUCUCCUGGUUCCCUUUCUACUAUGAGAUCAAGAUGGCCUUUGUGCUGUGGCUACUGUCGCCCUACACCAAGGGGGCCAGCUUGCUUUACCGCAAGUUUGUCCACCCAUCCCUGUCCCGCCAUGAGAAGGAGAUCGACACAUACAUCGUGCAGGCCAAGGAGCGCAGCUACGAGACCAUGCUCAGCUUUGGCAAGCGGGGCCUCAACAUUGCCGCCUCGGCUGCUGUGCAGGCUGCCACCAAGAGUCAGGGCGCGCUGGCUGGCAGGCUGCGGAGCUUCUCCAUGCAGGACCUGCGUUCCAUCCCUGACACCCCUGCCCCCACCUACCACGACCCCCUCUACCUAGAGGACCAGGUACCCCGCCGGCGGCCACCCAUUGGGUACCGGGCAGGGGGCCUGCAGGACAGUGACACAGAGGAUGAGUGUUGGUCGGAUACCGAGGCAGCCCCCCGGCCACCAGCCCGGCCCCGAGAGAAGCCACUGAGCCGCAGCCAGAGCCUCCGUGUGGUCAAGAGGAAGCCACCAGUGCGGGAGGGCACCUCGCGCUCCCUCAAGGUUCGGACAAGGAAAAAGACUGUGCCCUCCGACAUGGACAGCUAGGGGCUGCAGCAGCUGGCCCAGUCUUACCUCGUGCACUGCAGGGUGCCUGGGGCUCCUUGGAGGGACCUGUGGCUGCACAUCUGCACCAGCCGCCGUGGCCCAUCCUCCGGCUCCUGGUGGACAAGGGCCAGGCCGAUGCUGGCGGAGCCACAUGCGGGGGUGCACCCACGGCGUCCCAAAGCAGGCUGGGCCCCGGUCCUAUUUAUUGCCUUUCGCAGCCCUCUACAUUCCCCACAUGUGGGACCAUAGCACCCCCUGAACCCCUGCAAGUGAAACCAAAAGUCCAGCCUGCUGUGUUCAUUCCUUCUGUCCUUCAAAGUACUUGACAGCCUUUUCCAAGGCCUGGUGUGUGUGUCCUGGUUGUGUGGGUUUUUUUUGUUGGUGAAUGAGGUCAGGUUUGUGAACAUUUUGAUAAAUAAAACACAUAAAGAUGUUC